AUGACCCUCCCGGAAUUACCGAUAUGGUAUCGGACCAUAUUGUUGAUACUGGCUAUCAUUUCAUUCCUUCCCCAAUUCUUGCGUAUCCAGACCAAGCAUAGCAUCACUGGAAUCUCGUCGUUCUAUAUCUUGUGCAAUUUGAUCAGCAUAACAGAGCAGUUCACCUUCUAUUACUACUUGCUAUUCAACGAAUAUGACCCUGAAGGCGGUGUUGUCUUUCUACACGAUCCCCCAAGCGCAGGGGACUGGUUUAGUCUGUGCCAGACUGCUGUUGUCUCACUGCUUUUUCUCGGAUUGUGCGAAUAUCCCCCGUUCACUUCCUCGUUUACAGGACUAGGGAUAUUAGCCAUAUUCCUCCAAGCUCGUCAGAUCUACAAAGUGCCUCUUCCUAAUGCGCUCAGCGUGCAUAGUCUAGCCAUGCAAGCUGUCGUGUUUAUGCUAGUCGCGGUGGCAUGGAUAUGGAGUGUUCCAUUCGAAUAUGAGGAGCUAUUUGGGGAUUGGAACUGGACCUCCGUUGGUAGGUGGUAUGUGUUCGCCGGAUGGGUUAUCGUGGAUGCCUUUGUCUUUGCCCUGGGUCAGGCAGCGCUCCUAGUAGUGGCUCUGCGCCGUUCGCCCGCAGCUAUUGCUAUACAAGAUGGCGAGACACAGCCGCUUUUGGGGUGA